CCUCACUCGCGUUCCCAUUUCUGUGUAUCUUCCCCCGAGAAGCUACCUUCCGCCGGGAUCGGCCCUAACAUUUCUUGAACAUUACCUCUGGGAAGCAAUUGCCGUACAGGAUGAAGCGUUUUUUGCUGGUUCAGCAAGAGGCCCCCCGAUUUCAUUAAGGCCCUCAACGAACUACAUCUCCCAGAAUACUUCGUGCCUAUCUCGGACUUGGUCCUACCCUGAAGGGGCGACGCUUGGGUCGAGGGAGGGCUGCAGCCCUAUUGGCUGAGCUGGCGGGGCGGGCACACUGAAGAAAGCCUCUUUUGUUAUUGUAAAGUGCGGAGAUCGAACUUGGCUGGGAUUCCCUGAGAACUUCGAGAGGGGCUCUCUGAGGCGUUUUUGCACUUAUUAUGUUGCUUGAAAUACUGUUGGCUGUUGUCUUGGGAGCAAUCAUCUAUCUGUUUUUGACCAAGAAGGAGGAGGAAAAAUUAUCUAUGGGAGAUGGAUGGUGGGGUAAAGGACAGAAGCCUGACUCUGAAGAAGAUUCAACUGUACAUCCUUUUAAGGUGGAAACAUCAGAGGCUGAGAUAAAUUACAUACAUAGAAGACUUGAUGAGGCAAGAUUUGCUGAGCCAUUAGAAGAUAGCCAGUUUCGUUAUGGGUUUAACUCAGCUUAUCUUAGGAAGGUUGUCUCUUAUUGGAGAAAUCAGUUUAACUGGAAGAAGCAAGUGGAACUUCUCAACAAAUUCCCACAGUUCAAAACAAAGAUUGAAGGAAUUGAUGUCCAUUUUCUUCAUGUAAAACCUUCGCAUGUGCCUGAUGGCCAAUCUGCACAGCCAUUAUUAAUGAUUCAUGGCUGGCCUGGCUCAGUGUAUGAAUUUUACAAAAUCAUCCCUCUUUUGAUGGAUCCUGCAAGCCAUGGCCUGAGUGGCAAGCAUGUUUUUGAAAUAAUUUGCCCUUCCAUCCCUGGCUAUGGCUUUUCGGAGGCAUCUCACAAACGGGGCUUUAAUUCUGUGUGUGCUGCCCGUGUCUUCUAUAAACUGAUGCUCAGACUGGGAUUCCAUGAAUUCUAUAUUCAAGGAGGGGAUUGGGGCUGGCUAAUCUGUACCAAUCUGGCUCAGAUAGCUCCAAGCCACGUGAAAGGUAUGCACUUAAACAUGGCAGGAGUGCCCGCCAUGGGAUUUAAGCACCUUCUCGCUAUUCUGUUGGGACAGUAUUUCCCAGGACUCUUUGGUUUCCAGGAUGUGGAUGUCCAACAGAUGUUUCCUUUCAAGGCAAAAAUGCUCAACAAGCUUCUGGUGGAAAGUGGCUAUGCUCACAUACAAGCUACAAAGCCUGACACUGCUGGCUGUGGCUUGAAUGACUCUCCUGUGGGCUUGGCUGCGUACAUCCUGGAGAAGUUUUCUACAUGGACCGAUCCUGCCUUUCAAAAUCUAGAAGAUGGAGGACUAGAAAAGAAAUUCACUCUGGAUGACCUUCUCACAAACAUCAUGAUCUACUGGGUAUCCGGAUGUAUAGUCUCUUCAAUGCGUUUUUACAAAGAGAAUCUGGGGAAAGGAAUUGGCGUACAUAAGCAUGAGAAAGUCUCCGUUCAAGUUCCUACAGGAAUUGCUACAUUUCCCAAUGAAGUCCUGUACACACCCAAGUCAUGGGCUCAACAGAAGUAUGUGAACAUUGUUUCAUUCAACUACAUGCCCAGGGGUGGACAUUUUGCGGCUUUUGAGGAACCAGAGCUUCUUGCAGCAGACAUUCUACAGUUUGUGGAAAAAAUGGAAAAGGGUGACUUAGUCAAGAAGAAAUAAUUUCUUUGGGUGGUGGGCUGUUAUAACUGCCACUGUAGAGAGACUCCUGCAGGGCUGUAUUUUUUUUCCAAUAAAAAAAUUGAGAUUAGAAAUGGGAAAUGUGCUUUGCAUUUAGAGCAGCUUCCGCCAAAAUCCUAGAUUUUUUGUUUUGUAGCUCUGUCUCUGUGGCCAGAUGAAAACUGAAUGAUCCUCAUUCAAGGUGACAUUGUGAUGGGUUUGUACAGUGCAGUGCCUGAACACUGAAUGAGGAUGUCUCUGGUUCAAAUUGUUAUUAUUUAUGUAGCACCAUCCAUGUACAGUACAUGACAAUUUAUCAACAGUGAGCAGGCAGGUUCCUGCCACAAGGAACUUGCUGUCUGGAGGUAGACAUAAGGAGGCAACCAAGGAAGGUGAAGGAGAUCGUCCUCAUCCAUGAACUCACAAAGUAGCCUCUUAGGCAAGCCAUUCUCUCAGCCUCAGUCCUCACCCACCCCAAAUCUGAAUUAUGAGUAUGGGCACACCUAAUGAGAUGAUGUAAUAAUUGUUGGGAAUAAAGCACCUACACUUGUAACAAGUAACUAGAGCCAGUCGGGGGACCAUCGACAGAAAGGCAACUUAUUCUUCCCUUGCUAAUUCCUUCUUCAUUAAAAACGUUUUGAUUUUUUAUCAGGCUUUCCUUCCUUCUUCUUUUUCUAGCUAGGCAGAAACAAUGUAUGUGCCUGCUAGUCUCAUGACUGUAUAAUAGCCACAUGUAUGCCUGUCCUCAGAAGUGGCUUUAUUUCCCAUUAGUAAUAAAUCUUAAGUUUCUUUAUUCGUUCAACCAUACUAUUCAUUUCUGCACUCUACUGCAAUACACAUCAAACUCUAAUCAUAAUUUCUUAGACAAUGGGCAUGAAGCAAAAUUCUCUUUUCCCAAGUGCCUCUGCUAAGUGAGCUACAGCAGAUUGCCAUGAUAGAAAUGACCUUUUCAUUAGUGGCCCCUUGGUUAUGAAAUACAUUCCUUAGAGAGGCCUGCCUGGGUGCCUAUUUUAAUGUCCAUCUAGUACCAGGCCAAGGCCUUUUUUAUUUUCCCAGGUAUGUUGUGGUUUUUACACUGUGUGGAUUUCUUUUUUGUUUCUCUGCCCUUUGUUUUAGCUGAUUUAUUUUAUUAUCCCACCCUUCCUCCCAGCAGGAGCCCAGGGCAACAAACAAAGUGCUAAAAACACUUUAAAACAUCAUAAAAACAGAUCUUAAAAUACAUUAAAACAAAACAGCCUUAAAAACAUUUAAAAAACCAACUUUCAAAAAGGGUUAAAAACAUUAUUAAAAAACAUAUUAAGCAAUUCUAACACAGACGCAGACUGGGAUAGGUCUCAACCUAAAAGGCUUGUUGAAAGAGGAAAGUCUUCAAAAGGCACCGAAAAUAUAGCAGAGAUGGUGCCUGCCUAAUAUUCAAAGGUGCUACAAAGUCUCUUUUGCCCUCUGCAAAAUGAUUUUUUAAUUUUAUAGUAAUACUGUAUUAGCAGCAUUUUAUUUUACUUUGCUGUAAUCAUGUUUGCUUUACUUAUGUUUGCAAGCCACCCAGUGAGCUUUGGUUACAGGGUGGCCUAUGAAUUGUUUAAAGAAACAAAUAAAAACAAGCAUGAUCAUUAGGUAUAUCCAGA